GUGUGAUACAUCUGCAUCAUGGAUGCUUCGGUUUAUCAAUAAAAUAUCAAAAUGUAAUCUUGAAUUUCGAGGUUUAAAAAGAGAAAAACAAGAGGCUGACCAACCGUUCCAAGGACGGAGGUCACGUGACGCGGAUGUGGGCGAUGAAUUUCCCUGAACUUCCCGAGCUUCAAAUCUCAGAUUCUGGUCUUGCAAUUGCGCGACGGCUCUUGACCAACCCGCCAUUGGACCACUCCGACCUUCACCUGCGACUCUCUCCAGGUCUACACCCUCUUUUCUACCUUAUUCCUCUUCCGGUGGUUAUCAAGAUGCCUGCCACGGCGUCCCGUGCCGUGCUGCGGCAAUCGCAGUUCCUGACCCGGAGAACCGCGGUCAGACACUCCUCGUCCACAUCUCAGGCUGCUUCCAAGGCAACUGAGAGUGCCUCCUCCACUGCCUCUAAGGCUCAAGAGGGUCUCUCUCGUGUUACCUCAUCUGCCGGCCCUGCCAUCUCGAACGCUGCUAAAGGCCUCGGCAACACCCUGAAGAAUGUUGGUGGAAGAACCGGAAAAGUUGUCUCCUUCGUUGAAUCCUUGAUACCCCCUACUAUCUACUACUCGAGAGUUGGUCUCGAACUCGGCAAGCUCGUGUUCCGUGGACAGAACAUGACUCCCCCGAGCUCGGCCACUUUCCAAUCCUACUUCCAGCCUCUGCUCAACUCUCUCCGCAACCCUGCUUCCCUCCAGAACGCCAACAUCGUUUCCCCUCAAAGUAUUUUGGCCCGUGUCCGCAACGCCAACAAGAAGGAGAUCGCCCUUGCCGGCGUUACCGCUGCGGAGGUUAUCGGAUUUUUCACAGUCGGUGAAAUCAUCGGUCGUUUCAACGUUGUUGGCUACAGGGGAGAGCCUGCCCACGGACACCACUAGACCAAGCGCUCGCAAAUAUAUCUGACCUGUCCUUAUUUCCGCUAUAUCUUUCCUUUGUUAACUGUACUAUGUAUGAUAGACGAUGGAAUUAAACUGUUGUCUGGGUUAAAUUUUGACAAUACUAAAUAAAGAUCUUUUGCCUGUAUUCCAUGUACCGGAAAUCCUACAGUAAAUAUAGUACCUAGGGUGAUGCCUUUCGAACAACUGAAUGGGAGGAGUUGAAGAACGAAGUACACAAAAAUAACCUGUUG